CAAGCAGAAGUAGAGGUGUGAGAUACUCGCAGGCUGGCCCUGUGUGUAGGAGAGAGAGUGUGCGGCACAGAGGACGCCGAGAACAAGAACCGAAAGGGUAACACGGUGAGACAGGCUGUCGGUGGCCCGGCCACCUCCCCGCACCAGGAUGGCACUUCCUACAGGCAGGCGUGUGUAGCACUCGGAGAUGGCUCCAGACAUGUGGCUCUUCCUUGGGAUCGCUGGAUUGCUGACAGCAGCUCUCUCAGGCCUCUCGUCUCCAUUCCCCUCUGGCCAGCCCAGAAACGGCAGCACCACAAAUGUGCCCUUGGACCCAGAGGAGCAGCUGGGGGUCCGCCUGGUGAACGGGAGCAGUCGCUGCAGCGGGUCCGUGGAGGUUCUCCUGGGGGCAUCCUGGGAGCCCGUGUGCGUGGUGCACGGGGACAGGCUCACUGCAGAGGCUGUGUGCGAAGCGCUGGGCUGUGGCACUUUGGAGAAGGCUACCUACCUGAUGCCACCCACCUCGGAGCUGCCAGCCGGGGCCACCUCUGGGAACAUCAGCAGCGCCGGGAAUACCACGUGGGCGACCGCACCCACCGUGCAGUGCAGCGGAGCCAAUUGGCAGCUCUGCCAGGUGGCGGACCGUGAAUGCAGCAGCGACAAGAGGCUGGUGUGGGUCACCUGUGCAGAGAACCAGGCUGUGCGGUUAGUGGAUGGUGGCAGCCGCUGUGCUGGCCGCGUGGAGAUGCUGGAGCAUGGUGAAUGGGGAACAGUGUGCGAUGACACGUGGGACCUGGAGGAUGCGGGCGUGGUCUGUACACUGAGGUGCGGCUGGGCAGUGCAGGCGCUGGCCGGCUUGCACUUCACCCCAGGCCAAGGACCCAUCCACCGAGACCAGGUGAACUGCUCAGGAACCGAGACCUACCUGUGGGACUGUCCGGCUGCCGGAGACCAGUACUGCGGUCACAAGGAGGACGCAGGAGUGAUAUGCUCAGAGCACCAGUCCUGGCGCCUGACUGGAGGUGUUGACUCCUGCGAAGGGCAGGUGGAGGUGCAGUUCCGAGGGGUCUGGAGCACCGUGUGUGACAGCGAGUGGUACCCUUCUGAGGCCAAAGUGCUCUGCCAGUCCUUGGGUUGUGGAUCAGAGGUGGAUCGUCCCAGGGGGCUGCCACACUCCCUGAAAGGUAGAAUGUUCUACUCCUGUAAAGGAGAGGAGCUCACCCUCAACAACUGUUUCUGGCGGUUCAACAACUCCUACUUAUGCAGACAGUCCCUGGCGGCCAGAGUCAUCUGCUCAGGCUCCCGAAGACACAACUUGUCCACUUCUGAAGGGCCUUCCAGAAUUCCAGUCACGAUAGAACCUUCUGUGCCAGUGAGCGUGAAGGACAGGGAGUCUCGAGACCCGACAUUUUUCAUUCUCUGUAUUGUCCUGGGAAGUCUCCUCCUUGUCUCCCUCAUCUUCAUAGCUGUCCUUCUCUUGAGAGCAAAAGGACAAUAUGCCCUCCCUGUUUCGGCGAACCACCAGCACCUGCCCACUGGCACCCAAGCAGGAACCAAUAACUACCAUGCUGUCCCCAUCACCAUUCCCAAAGAAGCUCCUACGCUGUUCAUCCAGCCCCGGGUCCCUGAGGACUCAGAUUCCAGUUCCGACUCUGACUAUGAGCAUUAUGACUUCAGCUCCCAGCCGCCUGUGGCCCUGACCACCUUCUACAAUUCCCAGAGACAUCGGGUCACAGAGGAGGAGGCCCAGCAGAACAGGUUUCGGAUGCCACCCUUGGAGGAAGGACUUGAAGAGUUGCACGUGUCCCACACCCCAGCCGCUGACCCCCGACCCUGUGUGACGGCUGUUCCCGCUCUGGGCUCUCAGUACCACGUGAGGAACAACAGCGGGUCCAGCACCUCCUCUGGGGAGGGUUACUGCAACAACCCCAGCAGCGAGCCACCUCCAUGGAACUCCCAGGUGUUUUCUUCCGAGAGGAGUCCCCCCGCAGAGCAGCCCCCCAACUUGGAACUGGCUGGGUCCCAGGCAAUGUUUUCAGGGACCACAGAUGGUGACAGUUCCAGCACCUCAUCUGGAGAGUGGUACCAGAACUUCCAGCCACCACCCCACCAUCCUCCAGCGGAGCAGUUUGAAUGUCCAGGGCCCCCUGAUCCCCAACCAGACUCCACUGAUGAAGAGGAGGACUACGAUGACAUUGGAGCAGCCUAGCCUGGGUCCUCGAGGCUUAGAGUGGCCCCUCCCUCCGCUCUCCUGCUCUACCACCCAUCAACUUCCAAGAGGCUGAGGCCCCGAGCAGAGGUGGAAGGGCAUUCUCCCAGCUCCUCAUCCUCUGCCCAUCCAUCAGCCUGUAGGAACCUGGAGCCAAAGGCAUGGCCAACGGUGUGAGCACUGACUGAGCCCUGGGUUGAGCCAGCAGGGUCUGGCCACUUGUAGCAGUGGUGGAGGGCUGUGCUCACGCUGAGGCCUCAGCUCACUCUGCCUCAUCAGGUACUUUGAUCCUAAGUCUCAGGAGGCUGCCGAGGGGCUGAGCAGCUCACCCACUGCCGCAAGAUAGGUCCUGGGUCAGGGGCCGCUAUUAUCCCUCAGGAAGGCCAUGCUGUCUAAAUGCAAUCAGAGAAGCACCCACUUAGCAUGGGGUGCGGCCUCCUGGGCCCUGUCAGCUGAGAGCGACCAAGACAAACACAUGCUCCCACCCACUCAGGCCGAGGCCAGUCCUUGUCAACCAGAGGUCUCUGAGUCCACCACGGGCACUGGCUGGACCUCCAUCUCUAUCCCUGGACAACUGAACAUUAUUCUGAGCUCCUUGGGGCUUAUAGAGGGUCCCUGCCCAGUCACAGAGUCGAGGGAUAGGCAGCUCAGUUGGGGCAAGAGUACAGGGGUCUACCCUGAAGGGCUAGAGGCCACCAUAAGUCCCCCACAGAUUCCCUUGGGUUGACAAGAACACUUUGGGUGAAUGUGGCUGUUGCAGGACUUUAAACAGGACCUCCCCGCAGCCUCAGAAAACUGGAGGGUUCCAGCCAGGCUGUGGUGGCCUGUCCUGAGUUCCUGAGAUUAAAUGACUGCUGAGUGAAAA